UCACCAGUUUGACAGCCUUGCGCCAAAUCAGAGGGCGGCGCUUGCUCGAUGUUCCCCACGUCACCUGGAGCUCCCGCACAUUAGAACUUCUCUCUCCCAGGUCCGCCCCCUCGGAUCCUUUUAAAUCUCCCAUUGGCUUUAACGACACAGUGAAGAGUGGGCUCGGUUUCUGCCGCGUUUUCUUCCACUGCAACAUGAACACCAUUCUACCUUGCCAAGACCAGCAGUUUGUAGGAAGCCAGAGCUAUAAUUGCCCGUAUUCCACUACAACAUCGGAAUCUAAUGUUGACGUUUCCACGGAUACUUGGGUCUCUUUCUGGGCUGCUGGUCUCCUGGACGACAGAGAGCCCCAACAAGCACCGCAGGCACAGGAACAAUCCAGUGACUCACAGUUUCCUGUUCUGGACUUGUGCUCCUGGGAAGACACUCAACUUUCUUCUCAGCUCUACAGAAAUAAACAGCUGCAAGACACUCUGGUGCAGAAGGAAGAAGAACUUGCUAGGUUACACGAAGAAAAUAACCACCUCAGACAGUACCUGAAUUCUACUUUGGUCAGAUGUCUUGAAGGAAAGGCCAAGAAAUUGUUAUCAUCAGAUGAAUUCUACAAAGCAUAUGGAAAAUAUAGAAAGGGGAAGAGGAAACCCAAACAGCAAAAAUACCCUCUAACUGAGACUUCCCAACCCAAAAAUGCCAAGAGAAACCUCUCUGCUGAUUUUGCUAAGUGUACAGACCAGCCUGGGCCUCCUGUGGAUCCCUGGGUCCUUCAGACACUCGGGUUAAAAGACCUUAACACCAUUGAUGACACUUUAUCAGCUAACUACAGUGCCCUCUCCUCUCAUCCCAGAAGAAUCACUAACGCAUUUUCUGAGUUUGCAGAUGAUGCAGUGGCUUAUGAAAAUUUUCCCCGAGAGGAACUUCCCCUUGACUAUGGAGGUGAUAGAACUGUCCUACUGCACAGCACUGCCAGUCACAGGGAAGAUUUUCACUUCCUUUCUCAGCAUUCAAACUCCCCAGUGGAGCAGCAACCUCGUCCUUACUAUACUGCGGAUGUGUCACCCAACAAGACAGAAAUGGCAUUUUCCACAUCUCUGAGUCCUCACUGCAACGUGAAAACUCAUUCCUUCCACCAGGGACAAGCCUUUGUACGCCGAGAUGAGAAGGGAGGCUGGAAAUUUACCUGGGUCCCCAAGCAAUCAUAAUGAUCGUUCCUCUAGCACAAAAUACUGCCAUGAACUCUGUUUACAAAGACCUUCCUUGCACUUGAACCUGAUUAUGGAACACAGAAGCUAUUGCCCAGGCUGUCUUCUGCCACUUUAAAUGUCACUCUGAUUGAUUCACUUAAACCUGCAGGGAAUGGUUUCUAAGAACCCAUAAUGAAAAGUGUCUACUCUUCUUUUACUUAAAUUUGACUUGUUUACACUCUAUCGACUGCCAUUGAUUUCCUAUCUUUGUUCUACCCGUGUAAAGGUAUUUUUCCAAUCACUGGUUUAUUCCUUCAAGACCUAGACAGAUUUUGCAAUUACAACCAGCUGAACAACUAUUUUUCUUUUGUCUAACGGUUUAAAAGAAUCCAGUAUUUUUACUCUUCUUCCUGUCUUUCUCUUUAAUUCCGAAAAAAAAUUUCUGCAAAAUGAGUAAACGUAUUGCACAAAGUGAUUGUUUCUGGUUGAUCUGAUAUCUGGGAAUGUGACUGAAACAAGUGCCUUUAUCUAACAGGUUCUACUAAACACAUGGGGAUAUGAAGAAUGUUAAGUCCAGGGCUGUUCAGGAAGUGCCCCACAGUGGUGGUGAAAAAAAAAAGCCUCUUAAAAGCCACUGUAACUUUACCAAUGGGCAUUACAUUUCAUAAAUUGAAGAGAAUUCAAGUCCCAUCAAAAUGUUAGCAGUUCCUGUAAUUGCCUGACAUUGUUUUUUUUAACUGGAAUCAAAGCAUGUUUGAAGAAUUGUGUUGACAAAAAUGUUAUCAUUCUCAGCUACCCAGCUAUCAACAAACUCUUAUUCCUGAACAUACAAUUUAACAUGGCUCACUUGCUCAUUCGUAAACUAA